AUGGAUCCUCUGAGCAUCACAGCAAGCACUCUUACCGUCAUCCAGUCGUUGUUGGCUACGUUCGAUGCUAUCAGACACAUCAAGGGUUUACCCGCAGCCUUCAAGGAGGUGGGGAAAAGCCUCCCACUCGUCGAGAACACACUGCAACUCGCUCAUGAAGCCCUGAAAGCCGAGAAACCAGACGCCGCGGCUGAGAAGGAACUUAUACCCGCACUGGGCGAUUGUCAAAAGCGGGCUUCCACUUUACGCGACAUCUUCAAAGACAUUGAGGGCGGCAAGAACCAGGAAAAGGAGGUCAAAGAGUGGUCCGCUCUUGUCAAGUUCUAUCAUAACAAAGUCGUACCAUUGGGCAAGGCUCACAAAGUCGAAAGCCUGAUGCAAGACAUACUCAAAAAGCUCAAGGUACUUGCUAUUCGUCAGAUAUUCAAGGCAAGUACGGAGUUGCAAAAGCAAGUUGGCGGCCUAGAGGAUGCAAUCCGCUCUCUGUCAGAAGUGGACCCAUCCCUCCCAGACUCGGACUUUGAUGCCGCGUCUAAUAAUAUCUCGAUGAACAAUUACGGCAAAGCGAAAGGUUUGGUUUCGACAGGCAGCAAUGCGGACAUUGCGAUGGGGGAUAAAUAUCAUUCAGGCCACAACAUGUACUUUGGUAGGAGAUCAAGGGACAGCGAUUCUGACUGA